AUGCCGCUGGGGCAGCGCCCGGGGGACAAGAGCGACUCCCGCUACUGCGGGGUGGAGGUGCUCGACUUCCCGGCCGGCGAGGGCCUCCCCGCCGUCCUCAGCCACUCCCUCGCCUCCGCCUUCGACUUCAUCCUCUCCCCUCUGGUUGACCCCAACUACCGGCCGGCGCCCGGCGCCGUUCUGCCCGUGUCGGCGUCGGACCUCGUCCUCGGCCCGGCCCAGUGGAGCAACCACGUCGUCGGGAAGAUCAGCGAGUGGAUCGAUUUGGACGCGGAGGACGAGCGGCUCCGCCUGGACUCCGAGCUCACGCUGAAGCAGGAGAUCGCGUGGGCGUCUCACGUCUCGCUGCAGGCAUGUGUUCUUCCUGCCCCCAGGAGAUCUUUUUGUGGCAAUUAUGCCAGAGUUGUGAAUCAAAUUUUGCAAGGCCUGACCAAUAUGCAUUUGUGGCUUAGGUUGCCUCUGGAGAAGUCCGAGCCUAUGGAUGGCAAUCUUGAUAAAAUAAAGAAUAACAACCACACGAGUGAAAUAGUAGACUCGUGGGAAUUAUGGAAUUCGUUCAGAUUGCUAUGUGACCAUAGUAGCCAACUAUGUGUGGCACUUGAUAUUUCGAGCACACUGCCAUCAAUAAACUCAUUAGGGCGGUGGUUUGGGGAGCCUGUAAAGGCUGCUAUUCUGCAAACCAAUGCUUUUCUUACAAAUUCAAGAGGAUAUCCUUGUUUAUCAAAGCGGCACCAGAGGCUGCUAACUGGAUUUUUUAACCAUUCUGUUCAGGUGAUAAUCUCUGGGAGAUCAAAUCUCAAUGUUUUCCCCGCAUCUGGAGUGCUCUCAGGUGAUGAGAGCUACACUGAAGAUUCCCCUGUUCGACAUGCAUUAACUCCGUACCUGGAGUACAUUGCGUGCCUAUAUCAGAGGAUGGAUCCACUUCCUGAGCAGGAACGCUUUGAGAUUAAUUACAGGGAUUUUUUGCAGUCUCCUCUCCAGCCUCUAAUGGAUAAUUUGGAAGCUCAGACUUAUGAGACAUUUGAGAAGGAUGUUGUGAAGUAUACUCAGUAUCGAAGAGCAGUUGCUAAGGCCUUGGUUGAUAGGGUUGCAGAUGAUGCAGUCUCCACAACUAGGACGGUUCUGAUGGUUGUGGGAGCAGGCCGAGGACCUCUAGUACGAGCAUCAUUGCAGGCCGCUGAAGAAACUGGCCGCAAGUUAAAAGUAUAUGCUGUUGAAAAAAAUCCUAACGCUGUUAUUACUCUUCAUAGUUUGAUCAAAUUGGAGGGUUGGGAAAGCCUGGUUACUGUAAUUUCUAGUGACAUGCGGUGUUGGGAUGCCCCUGAAAAGGCAGAUAUUCUGGUCAGUGAAUUGCUUGGGUCCUUUGGUGAUAAUGAACUAUCCCCUGAGUGUCUUGAUGGUGCUCAGCGAUUCUUGAAGCCUGAUGGGAUUUCCAUUCCUUCAUCAUACACCAGUUUCAUCCAACCAAUAACAGCAUCAAAAUUGCACAACGACAUCAAAGCACACAAAGAUAUUGCACAUUUUGAAACUGCAUAUGUUGUCAAACUACACCGCAUAGCGACACUUGCACCUCCGCAGCAGGUUUUUACUUUCACCCAUCCAAAUUUCUCACCAAAUGCUAGCAACCAAAGGUACACCAAGUUGCAAUUUGAAAUGCUACCAGAUAUGGGUUCAUGCCUUGUGCACGGAUUUGCGGGCUACUUUGACUCUGUUCUUUAUAAGGAUGUUCAUCUUGGAAUCGAGCCAAACACCGCUACACCAAACAUGUUUAGCUGGUUCCCCAUCUUCUUCCCAUUGAGAAAGCCCAUCUACGUGCCGGAAGGGUCUCCUAUAGAAGUGCACUUCUGGCGGUGCUGUGCCCCCACAAAGGUGUGGUACGAGUGGGCUGUGACUACGCCGACUCCGUCGCCGAUCCACAACAGCAAUGGCCGGUCGUAUUGGGUUGGUCUAUAA